AUGGAGCAGCAAUUAAUAAACAUUAUUUCGAUUUCCCAAAAAGCGCUACAACACGGAGGAAAAUUAUGCUCCAAAGCCGAAGGUCUUGCUAAGGAGUGUAGAAACGAUGUCGAGAGUAUCGAAAAGUUAUAUCCAAAACUUAAAUUCUUGUGGGGAGAGUUGGAAGGACAAGUUCAGGUUAUCGAUAAAUUUAGAGAAUUUGCGGUAAAACAAAAUGGAAUCUUACAACAUUUUCAUGCUAGUAAAGAACAAGAGCUUUCGACCAUAACCGAAAAACUUAAUGCAACAUUAGACAGAUUACGUGCAAAGUAUGUAGAUCCUGUUAUCAGAGAGAAUGCCAUCGCAAUAGAGCAGAUGGUUCGGGUGAAUAGUAGCAAUAUGUUGGGAGAAUUGAGUAAAGGAUUGGAGUUUGACUUAAAGGAGAAGGGAAAGUAUAUUGAAGAAAAGGCCUCUUUGUAUGAUUAUGUAGAGGAACAAAGCAUACAAGAGUUAAAGAUAAAGACGCAGGAGGAAGUCACUGCCAUCCAGCAUUACCAUAAUACUAGCUCCAAGAUAAUUGAAAGCGUAAACGUCGAAUUAAAGAAAUUAGAUGAUAUGCUCAUGAGCAAUAAUAUUUCACUCGAAGAGUCGGGCGUAGAUUUUUCAUAUGAAAAAUUUGAUACACUCGAACAGAAAACUCAAAGAAUGGCAGAGACAUUGGAAUCAUUGGCAAGACACUAUGAUCAAGUUACUUCAGCUUUAAAAGCAUUUCAAACACAAUCAGACGCCCAAUCAUUAUUAGACAUUACCGGUAGGUUAUCAUUCGCAUUCAUGGAUCAAAAGCAGAAAUGCAUUCUAAUAUUAGCCAUACAACUGCUAUCGUUAGUACUCGAGAAAGAUACCGAUAUGAUUCCGUCUAUUGCCCAAGAACUACAGGAAGACGUUCAGUUUAUCGAAUCCGUCAGUGAAGAAGUUCGCGUGCGGAAUCAUAUUUACAGGGCAUCGUACGAGGAAGCAUACAAAAUAUUUUCAGAGUUAGAUGGCUUUGGAAAUCACAUGGAAAACCAUGCGAACACAAUGAAAGAACUAGAAGCAGAUUUUGAAAAGGGAGCGGUCAUGGUGGAUCGAUUGUUAGAAGAAUUAUUGAACCUGAAUUUAUGGCAAGCGCCUUUACGCUAUGUUCAAAUGGAGAUAGAUCGACGCCAUAAAGUAAAAGAACAGCAUAGAAAGUUUGCUGAAGAAUAUUUAGCUAAACUUGAAGGAUUAUAUCAAGAGGAAAUUCAACAAAGAGACAUAUUUUACCAGAAUCAUGGGAGAUAUUUGCCAAUUAACUUGUGUCCGCCAAUCCUGGAGCCACCCACUAGGUACGGAAUUGUUCCGCAAGAUGAAACAAAAUUACCCGUAUUAUCUCAAAGGACUUUGUCAGAGGCGCAGGAGAAUCUAAUGAAAUACCGAGGAGAAGGAAGAAUUUUUUAA